AUGUCUAGGAAUUAUGACAGCUGGGAGAGGUUGGUGGUAGCUGUGCUGCGGCGUGAGAAGGAUCGGGAAGUGGCCCGUGCGGAUUCGAGAAGCCCAAGCUCCAGUUCCAGUUCCAGUUCCUUAUCACUGGAUUUUGAUGAACUAUCCUUGAGUUUGCCAAGAGAAGUACAAAAUGUUGAAAAUGGAAGGCAUUCAAGAUUAGAUUCAAGUAACAGUUCUUCCAUAGCCUUCUUGAGCAUUAAAGAUCACCCCCUCUACAAAAAGCCAGCUGGAAAAUCCAUAUUUUCUCUGCUAUGGCAAUGGAGAGCAAAAGAUUUAGAGGCUUCCAGCAACUUCCAAACUCUUUUUAAAGAUGUCUACGGUGAUUUCUCCAAUGUAGUGAGUUUGCUCAAAGCUUUCCGCGAGGACUUGAUCGAGAAGCGGAACGAGAGUGCCAUCCCUCAAGAAUUGGCGAAACGAAUCAGAGAUGAAGUUUAUGAAGCUGAAGAUACUGUGGACACAUUUGUUGCUCAGGCAGCUGUGCACAAGUCAAGGACUAGCAUCGAGAGGGCUUUUCAUAUAUUCGAUUAUCAAGCAAAGCUUCGAAGUGUGGGGAAAAAGAUUGAGUUCCUCAGGGCAAGGAUGAAGGAUAUAUAUGACAACAAGAAGUUUGGGUUUGAGGCACUGCAAGAUGGGGAAAGAUCUACCAAAUCAAAAGAGAAAAAGAACUCUGUGGGGAGUCAUAGAAGUAUAGAUGGUAGUCACCCAUUUUCUCAGGAACUCACACCAAUGGGCUCACGUCAAUGGCGGGACGUGUUCUGGAUGUUGAUAUUUCUGGCACAUUUGAUUAUAAUAGGUUUGGUUCUUGGGGUUUUUGGACUCAAUAGGUUUAGGAAAAAGGACAGGCUAAAUAUUUACGUAUACGCAUUUGCUACUCUCGAGGAUGUGGAUGGCCGAACUGAAGAUUUCUGGCCAUUCUAUGCUGUUGCUGGUGGAGUUGGAACAUUUCUGGGGUGGACUUGGUUGUUAUGUUUUGGUGCACAUGCAAGUCAAGUUAUGAAGUUUUCGGUGCACCUCUUGGCUACUUAUCUUGCUGUCAUCAGCGUGCUAUGUUUUUGGGGAAAGCAGUUAUUCUGGGGGUUUGCAUUUGGAAUUGCUGCUGCAUUUCAGUUCCUAUAUGUUAUAGCUGUAAUUGACAGACUUCCAUUUACCAUGCUGGUGCUACAAAGAGCAGUGAAGAUGGUGUGGGAUCUUCCCGAGGUCAUGAGAACAGUGUGCAUAUUUAUGCUUGUAAUGCUUUUCUGGUUAGCAUUAUGGUCCUUUGGGGUUGCUGGUGUUGUUGCUCUAAAUAUUGGAGAGGCUGGUUACUGUCUCCUCAUGGUACUGUCUGUGAGUUUGUUUUGGACUGGUGCAGUUAUUUGUAAUGUUGUCCAUGUUAUAGUUUCAGGAAUGGUGUUUCUAGUUCUUAUCCAUGGUGGUCGAGAAGCGUCAACAAUACCUCCAAAAUCACUGAUGAAUUCCUUGCGGUAUGCUGUCACAACUUCUUUUGGCAGCAUAUGCUAUGGAUCACUCUUUACAGCUGCUAUAAGAACACUACGGUGGGAGAUUAGAGGAUUGAGGUCGAAGAUCGGCAACAACGAGUGUUUGCUCUGUUGUGUUGAUUUUCUGUUUCAUCUAGUAGAGUUUUUAGUUCGUUGGUUCAAUAAGUUUGCUUAUGUCCAGAUUGCAGUUUAUGGAAAAAGCUUUAAUAACUCAGCAAAAGAUGCCUGGGAGUUGUUCCAAUCAACAGGUGUAUGGUCUUGUUUCAAAUAUUCUGACAGAGUAGUAAUGAUGGGAUCUACUGCCAUGUUAAUGGGGAUGAUCUUGGUUGGGUUGGUUACUGUAGUUGUGGAAAGUGCAGUAACGUCUAUUUAUCUCUGUUACGCACAAGACCCCUCAAUAAUACAUAGGUGGGAUGCAGCAUUCUUCAACCAGAUGUCGGAGAAACUACACCAGCGGCUUCAACAUAGAAUAUGGAAGAUGCUCUCUGGAAAAUCUUCAAAUUCAACCAAGGAAUCCGGGCUAUCACAUGAAUCUAACGUUGUGGAGACUCAUAGUAGUACAGAUGGUAGUCUCCCAUUCUCUCAGGAAUUCACACCAAUGGGUUCACGGCACUGGCGGGACAUGUUCUGGAUGUUGAUAUUUCUGGCACAUUUAAUUGUGAUAGGUUUGGCUCUUGGGGUUUCAGGACUCGAUAGUUUUAGGAAAAGAAAUAGGCUGGAUGCUUAUAGUCGCUGGUUUACUCCUGUCAAGAAUAUGGAUGAUCUAACUGAAGAUUUCUGGCCUUUGUAUGCUGUCGCUGGAGGAGUUGGGACACUUCUGGGGUUGGCUUGGUUGUUAUGGUUUAGUACACAUGCAAAUCAAGUUAUGAAGUUCACGCUGCACCUCUUGUCUACUUAUCUUGCUGUUAUAAGCGUGCUAUGUUUUUGGGGAAAGCAGUUAUUCUGGGGUUUUGCAUUUGGUUUUGCUGCUGCAUUUCAGUUCUUGUAUGUCAUAUCAGUCAUUGACAGACUUCCAUUUACCCUUCUGGUGCUACAAAGAGCAGUGAAGAUGGCGUGGGAUCUUCCAGAGGUCUUGAGAUCAGCAAGCAUAUCAAUGCUCAUCAUGCUCUUUUGGUUAGCAUUGUGGUCCUUUGGUAUUGCUGGUGUUUUGGUGUCAGGUAUUGGAUAUGGUGCGCAAUGGUGGCUUCUUGUGGUAUUGUCUUUUAGUUUGUUUUGGACUGGUGCAGUUCUUUGUAAUGUUGUCCACGUUAUAGUUUCAGGACUGAUGUUUCUAGUUCUUAUCCAUGGUGGUCGAGAAGAAUCAUCAAUGCCUCCCAAACCACUGAUGCAUUCAUUGCGGUAUGCUGUCACAACUUCUUUUGGCAGCAUAUGCUAUGGAUCACUCUUUACAGCUGCAAUACGAACAUUACGGUGGGAGAUUAGGGGAUUGAGGUCAAUGAUUGGCAAUAACGAGUGUUUGCUCUGUUGUGUUGAUUUUCUGUUUCAUCUAGUCGAGUUUUUAGUUCGUUGGUUCAAUAAGUUUGCUUAUGUCCAGAUUGCAGUCAACGGAAAAAGCUAUAAUAACUCGGCAAAAGAUGCCUGGGAGUUGUUCCAAUCAACAGGAGUGGAAGCACUUGUAGCAUAUGACUGUUCAGGGGCGAUUUUAUUGAUGAGCACCCUCUUGGGAGGGCUGAUUGCUGGAACUUGUGCAGGUGUUUGGUCUUGGAUUAAAUGUCGUAACAGACUGGUGAUGGUGGGAUCUACCGCCAUUUUGAUGGGUAUGAUCUUGGUUGGGCUAGCAACUGUAGUUGUGGAAAGUGCAGUGACGUCUAUUUAUCUCUGUUACGCUCAAGAUCCCUUAUUAAUAUGUAGAUGGGAUGCAGCAUUCUUCGACCAGAUGUCGGAGAAACUACACCAGCGCCUUCAACAUAGAAGUGCACGGACGAGAGAAGUAUUAAGUCAUAGCGUAGCUGAUCAAAUACAAGAAACAGUUGGCAUUUGA